GGAAGGAAAGAUUUUUGUUGGAUGAGGUUUAGUUAACACGUAGUUGGCUAAUAGCAACCUACUUGAACGAUCUUCGGACAAACCGACCAGCUCGCCCCAAUGGAUCCAGGCCUUUGCCAUCCAAGACGACUACCUCAACAUCGAGCAUUCAUGAUACCCUGCCUCCACGAGCCUCAUCUGCAAUGUCAUCAUACAGGCAGCAAGGGGUCCCCGAGACGGCGGGGGAAGAGAGGCCCCGUGCUGCGAGUGCUCUAUCCCACCGCCGAGCCAACUCGCAGAUGUCUAUGGGCAGCUCGGCGGGCCGUCCAUUAGUCCAGGAACCAACCUCGGCCACGGUGCGAAAGCAUGUUUUCCCUACUCAGAUCUCGGUCCAGACGGUUCCCCUACCUCAAAAUACUACAUACAGAGAGAGUGGUCAGCGGCGGAAGGAGAAAGAGGAAGCACGUUCGCUCCGGGAUGCCUUGGAGGAAAUGGAUCUUCAAGACGAAGUGAGAAUUCACCAGGCUGCCCAGGACGAGGCCUCGGAACUUGUUUGGAUGCAUCAACAUCCGGGGGUACCCUUCAAGAACCCGAUGGCUCCCUACCGCAACCCUGACUUUGAUGAAGACGGUCAAGAAAUCGGCAUCAAAAAGUCGACCACAAACUCUAGUCGCGGGAUGAGAAGUAGCAUAUCUUCUCCCCCCAGGCGGAAAAGUUAUCGUUCUGCGUCAGACAGCUCUUCGGGUAGUCACGACCAUAAUGUGACCGAUGGAAUUCCAGGCACUGUGACCGGAUCACCUGCAAAGAAAAACAGAGUGAACUUUGCCUUACCUCCAGAAGAGAUCCCAGAGGAAGAGAAUAGUCCUUCAAGUCCAAGAGUUCAUGGCCAUGAUUCGUCUAAGUACGGCAUCUUCAGAAACCCAAGCGACCAGAUUUAUGAGGAACCAGAAGGUCACGAUGCCAAACCACAAGGUCCACCUCGGUCCAUGUCCAUCGGUGCUUUCUCUUCAGCAUUGCGGGUUAAACCACGGAAUUCGGUUCUUCGGGGGGCCCGACCCAUACCUGGGAAGCCCGACGGAACUUCAUUUACCGACAAGCUGUCUCGGUUUGAGAUACACAAGAAUCCCCCCACCCAGUCGAGGAACCCUCUGUACAAAACGAACGCACCUGGAGUACAGGUACAGCCGGAUGAGAAACAAGAGGAGAGCAAUACUGUUUCCACAAAGGAUGGCAUUGAGAUACGCAGUGAUGACAUACGUGCCGCUACCAGCAAGAGGCUCAAGGACCGGAGUUCGAAUCUCCCCAUGCCCUCAGCUGUCAGUGAUCGUCCCGGCCGCCCAAUUGUGAGUUUCGAUCCCACUUGGAAAUCAACAGAAGUGGAUCCCAUGAGAGACCGAGAUAUCAUCGGCAGUCAGAAACCAGUGGCCUCUGUUCCUGCGCCCACGCUUCCUGAUAUUCAAGUUUCUGAGGCUCCAUCGGUACCAGUGAUCAAUCUUCCAUCUGACAAGGAACCCACCAUCGCGGAAAUCUCCCCACCCCCACAAGACGACAGAAAGAAGGAGUCGCGCCCACUGCCACAGGCUAUAAGAGGUGCUCCUAGCAAACCCUUUGCCUCUAAGCUCCCUCAAGCAGCUUCAGCCGACCGCUGGUACACACCCUACGCCAGGCCUGGUGUCCCCACCGCGAAAUGUGCAGCGUGUGCGCUCCCCAUAGCCGGAAAAAUCGUGACUGCAGCAAAUGCCCGUUUCCAUCCCGAAUGCUUCACUUGUCACCAUUGCCAUACGGCCCUUGAGUGUGUCGGUUUCUACCAAGAACCAGAAGCGAAGCGAAACGAGAGACUUGUGGAUGUCUCCAGCUACGAUGAGGAAGCACAUGCGUUACGGUUUUAUUGCCACCUUGACUUCCAUGAAUUGUUUAGUCCCCGCUGCAAGAGCUGCAAAACGCCAAUCGAAGGUGAAAUAGUGGUGGCUUGCGGAGCUGAAUGGCAUGUUGGCCAUUUCUUCUGCGCGGAAUGCGGCGAUCCCUUUAACUCAACAACACCCUUCGUGGAAAAGGAGGGUUUUGCUUGGUGCCUUCGCUGCCAUUCUCGCCGCUCUGCGCCCCGCUGUCUUGGCUGCAAGCAACCUGUCCUGGACGAAGUCGUCAUCUCCGCAAUCGGAGGCCAGUGGCAUGACAAGUGCUUUGUCUGUCAUGAGUGUGGCGACGGGUUUGGGCCUGAAGGUAGAUUCUUCGUACGUGAAGGGCAACCCAAGAGGACAGCAAAAGGCCGGAUAAUCGGUGGCCCCGUUCAGCUUGCAGUAUGUGAGCGGUGCGAAGGAAUUCGACUCAAAGCGUCUCCUUGACCGAACGAAUCCCUGCUCUUUCUUCUUGCUUUGCGUUACAUCAACAAGGCCCCAUCCCCGAUGAUUUUCUUUUCUGCGCAGAUGGUAAGAAGACCUGGCUUGGUCUCAAAUGCUCCAUUACUUCUGGAAAACUCGUUUCUUGAUCUCUGGUUUUGUUUUUUUCCCUUGAUAUUUCAUUUUCCUUUCCUACUCUUUAUUAUAUGCAUCUAGCAAGCGGCAAUUCUGCAUUGGAAUGAUCAAUGAAUCCCCAGAUAUAAAU